UGCGGUCGCAGGGGAGUGAGCCUCGGCGAGGAAGUACACUUAAAAUCCGACCGAGACAAAAGAGACACUCCAAAACAAUCCGGUGGACGUUUCUCAUACAGGAACUUCUUUUGUGGCAGCUCCUCUAAAGGAAAUAUAUUCGCCUAGAUUUUAAAGUCAUCGAUUGUCUGAAAUUGGAUUAGUUAUUUUUCCCUUCACAACAGAGCUUUUUUAUUAUUAUUGUGGUUUUUUUUAAAUCUCUUGGAUAUUUUUAUUCCCCCCCCCUUUGUUAUUUUUGUCACUAUUAUGAUGCGCUAAAGCCUCAGCGGAUAUGUCGGACACGUCCAGAGAGCAAACGCUGGCUAAUGGCCCGGCUUCUUUAGAAGAGACGCGGGGAAGCGGAGAGAGCACCGGCGGCGGAGAGGUCUUGCGCUCCGGGCAGCAUGCCCUCCCUCAGCCGAGCCAUGAGGACCCGUUAAGGGGAGGGAUUUCCAUGUCGAGCGGUCCACAUGGAUACCAGUCGAGGUCAGCGCUGUCCCGGAACUUCUCCAGGUCCUCUAGUGGCUAUUUUUCCGGCGACAGCGAUUCUGUGCCAAGUUCCCCUCUAAUGCCAAAUAUUUCCGAAGCGCAAGACGGCCAAAAUGAUGACGUAUGGUUUGCUGACCUUAGCAACCAGCACGUGCAGAUGGCAGCACCUGUUGGAGCCAUGCGACCAGAGGAAGUGUUGGUCGCUUGGGAGCUGCGGCGCAUUGGUGAUGAGUUCAACCGCCUGUACUUUCAGGGAGUUGUUGCAGGCGGGAACAAUGCAGGCCAGCUACGUGCUCCAAACGAGCACCCCAUCAUCGCGUGGAUGAAUGACCUUAUCGGUCGCAUAGUACAGAUAUUCCUGCGAAGAAGAUGAUUUAAAGAAACAAUGCCCAGCAGACAUGUAGCAGCAAGUCUUCUGACUGUAUAUAUGUAAAUAAUAAGGGCAGUGCUGCUCUACCGCAUCCUCUCUGGGAUUCGGCGUAUAGCGGUUUUGGAUCUGUCGGGGUGUGUGCUCACCAUGAUGGAUAUCGAACGGGAACCCUCAGCCAUCCAUUGACUGUUUCCUGCGUUGACAUUGAAAGCUGAGCCAUUGGAUGCUGUGCUGAUGUGACUCUGUUGGGAAGUUUUUUUAACCUAAUGUGGAGCGUGGAAAACGUGCCUUCAUUGCCUGUUUGCCCUCGUCACGUCUUUUGUUUGUUUGUUUUUGUCGUCAUUUUUAUUCUGUCAUUUUCUUCUUUCCAUUUUUAUAUUUAUUAUUCACUAUAUUUAAUUUGGAAGUUUUGUGUAUAUUUCAUGAACAUGGAUGUUAGUCGGUCAAGCGGUGAGGUUAUUGGUUCUGCCUGUCCCGUGUGUGUUCAUUGGCUCCAAGUUUGCACUUGCGUUUAAUUUGCAUAGUCAAAUUAGACUGAAUAGAAUAUAAUAAACCCCUUGUAAAGAUCAGAUAUAAACAGUUGUCCAAAAUUGAUAGAAAACAUGACGGAGAGCGUACACAGCAUAUAGAAAUGUGACCCAUAUGUAUUGUUAAAACCCAUUUGUGUCAUGGUUUAGCCUUUGCCAGUCUUCCACAUAUUUGACGUUGGCUUCCGAGCCGGGAAAAAAAACACCAUCCCUGCCGCAGUGUAUAGCCUCACUUCGAAGCAAAGUCAUCAAAGGUCCUUAAUCACAUCAACACUUCCCAAUGCAAGUGUCAAUUAUGAAACUUGUGUGAUGUAGUCUUUGCAAUUGCCGUUUCAAUUGAAACAUACGUCAACAGGAAAGAAAAUUACACUAGCAUAUCAAACCUUUUGUGUGUCAUGUGAAAGGACCUUAAAGGGAUCGAUCACCCAAAAAGAAAAACUGGUGUUGGGCAGAAUGUUAACCUCAGUUAUGAUUCACUUUCAAUGCUUUAGCAAAAAGAUGCUUUGAAAGUAAAUGGUGACUGAUGCUAACAUUCUGCCUAGCAUCUCAAAACAUGAGGGUGAGUAAACAAUGAGAGAAUAAACAUUUUUGGGUGAACUAUCCCCUAAUAAUACUUAGAGAAAUAAUAUUUGAACUCACUGUGAAAUCGUUAAUGUCGACGAAUACCAUUCAGUUAAAAUAGUGAAAUGGGACAGGCAAUGUUACUAAGAACAUGUAAUUAAUGUGGAAAUAUUUGUUAUUUUGGACAUCAUAACAUUCCAGAUAGGACAUUUGGUUUGUCAGACUUUAUUUGUACAUUUCUUUGGUAGGGAAUGGAAAAUGACAACGAAGUGACAUUUUGGGAAUAUUGUUUAUAAUUCCAUUACAUCUGUAUGUACUUCUGCCUAGUUUUGUGAAGGCAGAUUUAGGCCAGUACCAGGUUUCAAGAGGGUUUUGAGUGGAUUAUUUUUAUUUGGUUGGUUGCUGUUGCAGAUAGCUUUCAUCCAAAGCGACUCUAUCAGAGUCAAAGGGAUUGUCCACACGAAGCAACCCUAGUUAAAGUGCCUUCCACCGAGGCACAGUGGUGGUAAAGAACAUUUUUAUUCCCAGCAACUCUACGGCCAAUCUUGGGAAUUCUUUUGCAACCCUUGUAGAUAGUUACCCAUAUCUACAUACUACCACCAGGACACAUUACAACCACUAUUUAAUACCAGCCAUACCCCUUAAAACUGGCCUGAAGAAACCUUUACCAAGCCUCAGGGACUAAGGGAGAUUUACCUGUGGAGAUUUCUUGAACAAACCAGUCUUCCAUCUUCAGCUAUUCUUUGUUAAGCCUGUUUAUUACCGUUGUCCCAGUAUUCCAUUAAACAAUGCACAAGGCUCACGAUGAGUCAUCAAGUAUGAUGGUGAUAAAAGUAAGUUAGUAAGUAGCACAGACGCAAGUAAAGCCAAGCACAAACAACAAGACACAAGUUCAUUUGCACUUUCAUGUUUAUACCUUUCGAGAAGCAACAGGUGCCUGUCGUGUCGUUCUUUAAGUGUGCACUCGUCAGAUUCUGCAGUUAGCAGAUAAUAAGACCGAUAAAUGUACGUUUGAGAUCUAGUGAUUGAAUCUUUAGAUGUGCACACUUUCGGGACUAGCAAAAGAGCAAAACAGUGCAAGAAGAGGGUAAGGCAUUGAGGGAAAUGAAUAGAAUGAAACAUCGAACUGCUUUCGUCUUCCCAUCCACUGUAUCAUCCAUAUUUUUUCCUGUUCUGUACAAAUCAGUGUAAUAAUGAACUUCAGUCUUCCUACAUGUUGUUUGUUGACAUGUCAGGAAUCAACUCGCGCACACCUUGUUUGUGAUUAGUUGUGUAAAAUCUUUAAAUGUGUGCUUGGCUUAAGUAGAGAAUGAGGUAUUGACCGUCUACCUUGAAAGGUAUUGCUGAAAUAUUAGAUACAAUACAUGUAAAGAUCUGUAAGUAUGACAUUCCACAGAGUGGAAGACGAAUGGCCAUGUGUAAUAAUAUGCAUUUUUGUUUGUAUAUCGGUUCAUAUUGGUCACUUUGCCAAAAUGACAAUGUCAUUAUCUUUUCUUCUGUUCCAAGUUUACUACUCAAACCAAAGACCUCGUUUUCUGAAUACUGUUGGUAACAUAAUGUAUAACGUCUCUGCUGUGUCAUGUUUUCAUUAUCUGCCCUUGCUGAAGUAUUCUAGCAGUUUUCUCGUUCUUUAGCCCUGUGAUUACAGAACAAACCUUAUCCAAGACACCCAUGAAUUUCAGGCCAACCUGUGUAAGUCAGACCUGACCUCGACUUGAGUUCGAUUCAGUCCUGCUGCACUGAGCACCCGCAUCACCCGAUCUGACGCCACCCGGGACCCAGUACAAAUGUAGCACAAAAUGAAAUUUUUCAUUUGUUUGUUUUGUUGUUAAAUGUGCCUUUUUUUGUAUUUUGCACUGAAUCAGUUCUGUGCUAAUUUGUGCAAUACUGCUGUAAAUAAAUGCUUUUUUCAACUUUCUAAAUUCAG